AUGAAUCCACGACAACACCGUUGUAUAUCUCAACGGCUGUUUCGUCUUCACAUUUCCCAGCCACGCCCAACGGCAGACUUUUUUUCAACCGCAGUCUAUCGACGCACCCCGAGAAGAGCGGAGGCCGGGCGUCACAGUGGCGGUCCGGCCUCGCGGGUGUCGGCGGUACGGCAUUCGGUCCGGCCCCGUUCUCAGAUCGCGGCUGUCAUCGCCAGUCUUGGUUUGCUCUCUCUCGCUCUCUGUGUCUCUCCCUUGUCCCCCACCACUUUGGAUGCCCAUUAUGCAUCGUCACCCCCGGUUUCGUCCUCUUCUUUUAAGCCCCAGCCUGCUCCAGCUCCAGAGAACCCCUCCGACAACCGGAAUCCCGACCUGCCUCGCUUCCGUAUAACUGAAGUCCGUAAGCAUGGGGCCGACUCCGACCAUCCGUGGGUCAUAUAUGGUGACAAGGUCUACGACAUAACGGAUUGGGUUCCCGCUCAUCCUGGUGGUCAAGUCAUUCUGCGCGCCGCCGGAGGAUCAAUAGACCCUUAUUGGAAUAUUUUUACAAUCCACAAGAAUCAAUACGUUUACGAUAUCCUGUCCCAGUAUCUAAUUGGUUAUGUUGACCAAGCCGAUCUUGUCAAUGGCAAGCCUGCGCAAGACCAAAUCGAGGAUCCUUUCGAAAAUGAUCCGGAGCGGCACCCGUCGCUUAUUACACGGACAGCCAAGCCUCGAAAUGCUGAAACGCCAGCAGAAGCGCUCACCGCGCAAUUCCUGACACCCAACGAGCUCUUCUACGUGCGUAACCAUAUGUGGGUUCCCACUGUCGAGGACUCCAAGUCGGAUGACUAUCGAUUGAAAGUCGAGCUUCUUGACGGAACAAUGAGGGAAUACACCUUGCGGGAACUUAAAACAAGGUUCCUCAGCCGCAAGGUCACUGCCACUUUGCAAUGCUCUGGCAACCGUCGCAAGCAUAUGAGUGAUGAUUCUGGAAGACAAACAAAUGGCCUGCCAUGGACAUCUGGCGCCAUUUCCAACGCCUCCUGGGAAGGUGUUCUUCUUUCAGACGUGCUGGCCGACGCUGGAUUUGACAUUUCGGAAGCUAUGACUGGUUCGAGCGAAACACAACACGUCCAAUUCAUGGGCUUGGAAGCCUACGGUGCAUCCAUUCCUAUCAAGAAGGCUAUUGAUCCACAAGGAGAUGUCCUAUUGGCAUACAGCAUGAAUGAUGAACCGCUGCCUCGAGACCACGGAUUUCCUCUCAGAGCCAUUGUUCCAGGACACGUUGCUGCCAGAUCUGUCAAGUGGCUGAAUCACAUUACCCUUAGCGACGAAGAGAGCACAAGCCAAUGGCAACGCAAGGACUACAAGUGCUUCGGCCCAAACCAGAUCAAAGUUGACUGGGACGCAGCUCCUGCCAUUCAAGAAUUACCAGUCCAAAGCGCCAUCACUACGUUGAAGCUGGGCAAGUGGCUUGACUCAAAAACAGAGCCCAAUGUCUUGAAAAACGACCAAGAUCAGACAGUCACGUCGCAGAACCAUCCCCAACAAGAAAUUAGCAUGAGCGGAUACGCAUUCUCUGGUGGCGGCAGAUCUAUCAUCCGUGUGGAUGUAUCUUUGGAUGGUGGUGGCUCAUGGACUCAAGCGUAUCUUCUGCCUGAUUGCGUGACCAAAAAUGGUAUGCCAUCGCCCUGCCAAGGCCACGGUGCAUGGUCCUGGAAGCGAUGGGUAUUUGAAGGAAGUGUACCGCUGAAUGCAUUUAAAGACAAACACGGAGGCAGACCCGACGAUCCGGUGGCCGCUGCUGCGAAUAGCAAGAGUCAGGACGGCGACCAGAAGCGGUGCACCACAGUGUUGGUCAAGGCAACCGAUGAUGCCUACAACACACAGCCAGAAAGCCAUGCCGCGACUUGGAACUUUCGUGGUAACCUAGCCACUGCUUGGCACAGAGUGCAAGUAUGUACCGAUUGCUCUCGGGCAACUACCAGGCAACAGGACACAAGAAAAGUGAUUUAG